AUGCCUCGUGUUGGCUCUGGAAAUGGGAGUUCAAGUCCAAUGCUUCAACGUGCUGGGCUUGGAGGCGCCUUUGCUCGGUUCUAUCAACGAACCUAUGCGGGUGACUAUAUCGCAUUGGGAUUUUUGGUGACAAUAUGGAUCUUGAUUCAACUAUUUGUGACACCUUUCCACCGCAUGUUUUCCCUCGAUAACAAGUCUAUCCAAUACCCAAUGGCUGCCCAUGAGCGAGUCCCUCUCAUUUUCUCAGUGAUCUAUUCCGGCAUAAUACCCUUUGGAAUCAUCCUCGCAUGGUCUGCGAUUACGCGCCCCGGAGUGCAGCAGACACAGGCCACCAUACUCGGACUCCUUGUAUCGCUCAUCCUCACUUCAGUCUUGACCGAUAUUAUUAAGAAUGCGGUGGGUAGGCCACGCCCUGAUCUGUUGGCCCGCUGUCAGCCUGGUCGGGGCACACCAGAUAAUAUACUUCUCACGUGGACAGUCUGUAAACAGACCAGUCAAGAACUUCUCCAUGAAGGAUGGCGCAGUUUCCCUAGUGGCCACAGCAGCUUUUCCUUUGCUGGAAUGGGCUACUUCACUCUAUUUUUGUCUGGUCAGAUGCAUGUAUUUCGACCUCGGACAGAUCUGGGCCGCUGUCUGGUUGCAUUCUUACCACUUCUGUGCGCUCUGCUAGUCGCCUUAUCUCGCCUGGCUGACUAUCGUCAUGAUGUGUAUGAUGUAACAUGUGGUGGACUCCUCGGCAUGUUGGUAGCUUGGUUUUCCUACCGCCGCUACUAUGGACCACUACGAUCGGUUCACUGUGAUGUCCCCUAUGACAAAACCGAUCUCAUUGGCCGGGAAGGAUUUGGAAGGCUAGGUGAUGAAGAGCAAGGCGUAACACAGCCGUUUAUCCCACGCGACGAGCACGUUUCAGAGGAAGUAUUCCAGUUGGAGGAAACCGCCCCAUCCCGUUGA